UUUGCCUUGGGAAGAGGUGGAUAUAAUCGUUUUUGAGAGCAGUUUUGUUAUUAAAACUUUUUUGUUUUAAAAUUUAUUUUAUUUAGAGGAAAUUAUUUCAUAUUUACAUCCAAUUAAAGUGUUAAUUGUGAUAAGAACAACAAAAUAACAUAAAUGUGGCAAAAUACUCAACUAAUAUAAAGACUUCAAACCCACAAACGAAUGUGCAUGCUAUCGGUGUACUAAAAAAUCUACCAUUGGACGCUACAAACAAAAGCUUGCAAAAAAAAAAAAUAAAAUUCCUUAAAAUUUAACAGCUCUUAUCCAUUAUAAUCAAGAUAUUUAUAUUAAGUGAUAAACUUGGCUUAUGUUUUUAAGUCGAAUUUUGUGUUUAAUUUUUGCAUUUUAAAUUAUGUUAUUUUGUUUGGAUCGGCACUCAUGCUAGGCUAAUACUAGCUUUAAAGAAGAAUUAUUAAAUUUCGACAAAUCCUGGAACAAUCACUGCCCUUCUGAAGAUGCUGUGUUAUAUCCUGUAUUCUGUGUCUGUAUUGUUGUUGUUGUCUGUCUAGUGAGUGAUGCUGCUAACGCGCAGACACAAUUCAACUAACUAGAAUUUAGAACACGAGUACUGAAUGCUAUAUAGCCACUAUACAGCCACCCAAACAAACAGCCCUCUCACAGACUCAUCCUUUGUCAAUGUAUUUUAUACGUAAACUUAAUUGUUAGAUCUAAAAGAGCAAGAAAAAAAAGGACUCUCGCUAAAUUAUAGAAAUAUACAAGAAACAGGUUUAUAGAUGCUUUCGACAAAACUCCAUAGAUUAGUAAGAAAAAACUAUUGCUUCCAUAAAGAUCUAAAUUUUCUAUACAGGCAGGAUAAUAGCCAUAUAUUAAAAGGAAGCUGAAAGAAAGAAGAAAAUAAAAAAUACUAAAAGGAAUUAAGUAUUAAAAUUGUAUAAUAAUAUUAUACUUUAGUAACACAACAAUGGCGGAAAAUAACAAUGAUACUAAUUCUAAUCCAAACCCUAAUCCUAAUGAUACAACUGCUGCUAGUUUGCAGUGUGACAAUUUCUAUCAAAUAAGUGAUGAUGACUUAGAUGAUUGUGAAGAUCUACCCGAUGAUUGUCUAAUCGAUACAACAGAUGGUGCCAAUGCAUCAUCAUCAUCUAACGCAGCUAACAAUAAUGGUCAUCCACGAGGUCCCUAUGAACGAGCAUGGACAACUGAAGCCACCAGAGCUUUAAUACACAUACGCGGACCUAUGGAACACCUUUUUACAGAGGGACGACAAAAACGCACAGCCCUAUGGUUGCAUUGUACGCGACAAUUGCAAAAAAUGGGUUUUCGUUAUAGUGCGGCCAAGGUACAAAAGAAAUGGCACAAUAUUUUAAUAACCUACAAUAAGAAUUUGUGUAAAAAAUACACUUCCGGCUAUGUACAUUGGGAAUUUUUCGAAGAAAUGUUUAAAUAUCUACAGGGUAAAAGGGCCCACUUUGAUUUUCCCCCAAUUAAGAAACAGCCACCACCAAUGCAAAUUAAAUCUUCUCCCACAGACAAUUUUAAUUUACAUUAUUUAAAACAGGAAGAAGUUGUACCGCAUCCGGUGGAAUUGGAUUCAAAAUCAAAUGAUGAUUUUGAUGAGGAAGACAGCACCACUAUGUCGGAUAUUAAAAAACCUAAAUUAGAAUUCAAUGAGGAUAAUCAUUAUGAAUAUCCUUUGGAGAUUAUUGAUUCCAAUAAUUACACACAACCGAAUUCCAAAAUGGAAGAAAUAGAAAAUGAAUUUUUAAAAAAUUUUGGCAAAGACCAACAUAUGCCCAUGAAUGCCGGUAACAAUUGUAAUAACAAUAAUGGCUGGUGGCAGGAAUAUUUUGAACGUAAAUUACAGGUGGAACGUGAUAAAAUGGAACUGCAAAAAGAAAUGCAUCGCGAACUAAUGCAAUUCAAUAAAAUGUCUUUACUGCAACAGGAAAAAAUUGAACGAGUAAAAAUCGAAGCCAUUAAUAGUUUGACGAGUACUUUACAAAAAUUAGUAGAAGUUAAAUAUAAUACACAGAAUUAAUACUUAAUAAUAGUAAUAAACAAUUAUAUUAUAAUUUUAAAUACAUUGAA